CAGCUCACAGCUCGGACACUCAGCUUCAAGAGCCCCCUCAUCUGAGAACAUCGAUUCAUCACUCAGAUUACAAACUUGACAACACUACAUACUAAUGUGAAGUAUUAAACUACAUAUCCCAGCCGGAAACAUGCGCCUGCAGAUGACGUACACCCGGAAGUUUUUGUAAACACAUGUGAGCGGUUUUGUACGCUGAUUACAAUUUCAAAGCAGGCAAAGAAAUCACUACUAGAAGCAGGGAAUUGUACGAUUUUCAUGCGAACAUGUUUUAUAAUUUUGCCAAGUUUUUCAAAUGCUUGAUGUGAUUAUUUUUCGUAAACAACGGAAAAGUUAGCGGUUAACAGUUAGCUUAGCAGCAAAUAAUGUCUAAUGAAAACGCAGCUUUAAUUAUAAUAAUAGUAAAAUGAAAUAAUGUAUCUGCUUGUAUUUGACUUAUGUAAGUUACGUAAGUCAAAAGACGCAGCUGUUCUGCAGUAUAUUCGUUAAUGUUGUAGGAACUGUUGUAGUUUGGAUAAAAAUCAUAUGAAUUCGAGUCUGAAUAUAAAAAGACAGAAUUGACUUCACCCAACACUUACUUCGAUGUCAUUUCUGAAGAUUAUUCUGCUUAGUUUUGUGUUAGUCAGUGUAUUUUAUCUGAAUGGUGUGAGUAGUGCCGUCCCCUAUGUGCGCGCUCCCGUCUUCAUGCGCGCAGCACCCCCCUGCGUGCACACGCACGAGUAAAAACAGCUGUGAUCUACUGACUUCAAGAGCCAAUGGAUCCUGCUCCAAUGACAUUGGCAGAUUACUGGGAGCAAAUCUUAAGAUCCUAAGAAACAUCAUUCUCCAAGAUGGUGCAGAAUUCACAAAAGUUUGGAGCAAGACUUCCAAGUCCCUCAUCACUUAUGAGAGUGGACGGUUAUACUUUGAUAAUUACAGGUGUUGCUACAGCAGCCUUUUGCCUGAGCCAGAACUGCUGUAUGAGCUCCCCAAAGCCCCCAAAACAGAGAAGAUUGAAGAUGCUUUAUUAUGCCAGUGUCCUCUAGACAAGGUUCUACCAAACGCUUCAGACCAGAAAUCAUGUCUGCUGGUUCUAACAGCUCAUAACUGGUUAUAUCGGCUCUCAGCUGACACAGGAAAAACACUAGAGCGGAUAUACCUCUCCUCGCUUUUCAAAUUCAGAUCUUUAGGUUGGGACUCCUCACAGGAGACAUUAUAUGUCAGAUCUAUUCAGAGCAAACAGACGAUUCUGGAACGACAGGCUGGUGUUAAUAAUAACAUCCUCAUGCAUCUGGCCGUAUUUCAAGUCUUUCCACUAGAGCUUGUAGGAAUGCUGGAGAUUAAUAAAAAAGUCUUUGGUAAGACUGCUGUGGAUGUGCUGCUGUCACAGGGAGUGUUAGCUGUGUCACACAGCUCGAAACAUGUCAAACUUUACAGUUUUGAGUACAUUAUUAAUAAGUUUAGAAUUGAGAAGUUGUCUCUGGGACAGCAGUGUGAGAUGAAAAGAGUUGUGGGAGAAGCUCCAUAUGGCAUUCCGGUCAACAUUCACAUUCAUGAGUGUCCUCCCGUAUUGUUUGAGAUGGCAUACUUUGAGAACGGGGUCCAGAUCGGAGGUCAUCCCUGGCACUACAUCUACACCCCCAACCACAAGAGACACAGAGGAACCCAUCAUAUCUGCUCUAUAACAGACGGAGCGCUGGCUAAGAAUGGCGUCCAGGACAUGAAAUGUGACUCUCUAGAAGCAGACUGGAUCUUUUUUCACCCAGAUGACUCGGGUCGAAUCAUACAUGCUGGGCCCAGCACAAUAAAUGUUCUGAAGAUCAUGGCUGAAACAGGAUGUGACUGGAAGUAUGAGAUAGUCACAGCCUUCUCCAUCACCGCUGCUCGUGACCAUAGUGCCCCUCAGGUGAUGGUGACGUCUUCUGGCCGUACGGUGAAAAGGAGAUUCCAGCUGUUAGAUGAUGACCCAGCUCAGCAGACAUUCAGAAUGGUGAAGUAUGAAGAUGAACUUGAUCUGUUGGCUGUGGUAGACAUCACUCAGACUGAAGAUGAAGGACAGGCCCAUCUUUGUCUACAUGACAAUAAGACGGGGCUUUUAAUGAAGAGAGUUCCUCUAAAAGAGCCAUGGGAUGUGACCUACAGUCACGAGGUUUACUUUGACAGAGACACGAUUAUUCACACUGUCCAGGAGAAAAAUAACUCAUUCUGCUGCCAUGUUUAUAAAAUGAAGAGACGACCUUCGGAUGAACCAUGAGCUCAUUUCUUAUUUCUGUAUGUGGUGAUUAAUAAUGAACCAUAGUUCAUUUCUCAAAAAA